AUGUUCCCUGUGGCUCUGACACUGCUUCUCCUCCAGCAUCCACACCUGGUCAGUUCCUCUGAAGACGGCAGAUGGAUUUGCACAGGGAAAUCUGUGGUACCCAGCAGGGGAGAUGUGGUCAUUGCUGGAUUUUACCCCCUUUAUUCUUGGGAAUUCUUCAUUCAAAGCUUGAAUGACCUUACCCUGCAGCAACAGAACAUUCAGAUCAACUUAAAGAAAUACCAAUUGCUUCUCACCCUGCUGCUGGCUGUGGAGGAGAUCAACAAGAAUCCCCAUCUGCUACCCAACAUGACUCUGGGGUAUGAGAUCUAUAGUGCACAUUAUUUAGGUACUGAUCUGUUAGAGGAUCCUCUCAUCUGGCUGUCUGGGAAAAAUAAAAACAGCCCCAAUUACACCUGCAGAAGAGACAGCAAAGCUUUAGCAGUACUCACAGGAACCUCAAGCACAUCUGUUCCAAUCGGGACACUGCUGGAUCUCUACCAACUUCCACAGCUCACUUUUGGGACUUUUGAUCCUCUCCUGAGUGACCAUGGAAAGUUUGGGACUGUCUAUCAGAUGGCAGCCAAAGACUCAUAUCUAGCCCUGGCCAUGGUCUCUUUGAUGCUUCAUUUCAACUGGACUUGGGUGGGACUGUUCAUCAUUGAAGACAACUAUGGUGUGUGGUUCCUCUCAGAAUUGAGAGAAGAGAUGGGCAAGAGUAGAGUCUGUUUUGCCUUUGAGAACAUGAUCCCUUACAAUGCCUCUACAGAAUACUCAGAUGAUUUAUCGAAGUAUCGCCAGCUAAUGGACUCAUCAACCAAUGUGAUUAUCAUUUAUUGGGACAGUAAAUUUCUACUAAGCUUUAUUGUUAAAUUUGGGCACAUUUUAAUUACAAGGAAAGUCUGGGUCAUGAACUCACCCUAUGAUGAUGCCACCAUUGACUUGGGGCACUGUUCAUACAAUGCCACACUCCAUUGGUUGCUGAGGCACAUUUUUGACAUGACUAUAUCAGAAGAGAGUUACAACAUCUACAAUGCUGUGUAUGCUGUGGCCCACGCUCUCCACCAGAUAUUUCUUCAUCACAUGGAAGAGCCACCAGGGCACAAUGGUCAACCAAGGGCAUAUCUCUCUUCACAGCUGCAUCCCUUUUUGAAGAAGAUCCAAUUUAACAAUCCUGUUGGAGACCACGUGGUUUUGAAUGAGGAAAGGAAAUUGGAGGCAGAGUAUGACAUUAAGAGCUUUUGGAAUUUUCCAGAAGGUCUGGGACAAAGGGUGAAAGUUGGCGAGUUUUCUCCAUCUAGGCCACAUGGGCAACAACUGAUUUUGUUUGAAAAUCUGAUAGAGUGGCCCAUAGGAAUUACCAAGACUCCUCAGUCUGUCUGCACUGAGAACUGUGGUUCUGGAUUCAGGAAGGCCUCUCUGGAGGGAAAUGCUACCUGUUGUUUUGCCUGCAUUCUUUGCCCAGAGAAUGAGAUUAAUAAUGCGACAGACAUGGAGCAGUGUGUCAGGUGUGCAGAUCAUCAAUUUGCCAACACCCAAAGAAACCACUGCCUCAGGAAAACUGAGAGCUUCCUUGCUUAUGAAGACCGCUUGGGCCUGGCUCUGGUCUGCAUGGCUCUCUGCUGCUCUGCACUAACAGCUGCUGUUCUUGGGGUGUUUAUCAAGCACCAAGACACCCCUAUUGUCAAGGCCAAUAACCGGGCCCUCAGCUACAUUCUGCUCAUUUCCCUCACCUUCUGCUUCCUCUGCUCCUUGCUCUUCCUUGGCCGUCCCAACAAAGCCACGUGCAUCCUGCAGCACACCACCUUCGCAGAGGUCUUCACAAUGGCUGUCUCCACGGUCCUGGCUAAGAUCAUCACUGUGCUUCUGGCCUUCACACUCACUGAUCCAUGGAGAAACGUGAGACCGUGGCUGUUGUCCAGGACUCCUAACCUCAUCCUCCCCAUCUGUACCCUCAUCUAAGUGACUCUCUGUGGUCUCUGGCUGGGAAUCUCUCCUCCUUUUGUGGACAUAGAUGCACACUCUGAACAUGGCCACAUCAUCAUCCUGUGCAACAUGGGCUCCCUCACUGCUUUCUACUCUGUCCUGGGAUACCUGGGUGCCCUGGCCCUGGCCACCUUCACUGUGGCUUUUCUGGUCAGGAACCUGCCUGACACCUUCAAUGAGGCCAAGUUCCUGACCUUCAGCAUGCUGAUCUGCAGUGUGUGGCUCACCUUCCUGCCUGUCUACCACAGCACCAAGGAGAAGGUCUUGGUGGCCGUGGAGGUCUUCUCCAUCUUGGCCUCCAGUGGAGGCCUCCUGAGCUGCAUCUUUGCCCCCAAGUGUUACAUCCUCUUGAUAAGACCUGAGAGAAAUUCACUGCACAGGUUUAGGGAGAGACCCACUGAAAGAAAUAAAUCUUAA